AUGUCUCGACGCUUGGUCAAUCGAGCAAAGUCUUCCGCCGUCAACGAAUCCGCCACCCCAGCGCCAUCUGGCCCGCCGGAAUAUGAGCUUCUCGAGUACCCCCUCGAUGACGACGCGCGCCAUGCUCUCGAACAGCUGUCCACCAACCGCAAGCAGAGCAGAUAUAUUAGAAAUCUGAAAGCCAGCACCACCAGUCUAGGAAACGUCGUUGGCGAUAUCCAAGAGCACUAUUUCAAACGCCGGGCCCACCUCGAAAAACAGAAGCGUCGCCUCAAAGACAAGCCUGCUGAAGACGGUGAAGAGGAGUUGGACAAGCUCGAGGAGACCCUAGACGAUCUCGCCCGCCAAAUUGAUGACGCUUCUCGCGAAGCCGAGGCCAAGCUCCGUCUCCUGAUCGACCACCAAUUCGCACUCGAAGAUGAGGGCAAGGUCAUCGGCGAAAUCUACACGGAUGUCACAAACGCACAAGCUCAAGAGAACACGCGCCAGCUGCAAAAGGAACGCAGACGUCAAGAAGCCAUCGAAAUUGCUCAGUCGAAUGGAGACCCGAUCCCUCCAGAGGAGGAAGAUGAAGACGACAAGCCGCCUGCUGUCCAAAGCACGCUCGAUUCCCUCCAUGCACGCCAGGAAGACAAACUGAGCGAGUACCAGCAGUUAAGCGUCCACCAGCGAUAUGGUGUCAAUAACGAAUAUGCAACCUUUAAGAAGUUGUGGCAUGAUGCCGCCCAAGGCGAAGACGGGCCACCGCUGCCCGACGCAUCACGCUGGUUUGCCGCCGAUGGUGCGCCUGUUCUGCCCACGGUGGCUCCCCGUGCAGGGCAAAGACGAAGCAGGACAGUCGACGGGGGCAACAACUCGGACGACGAUAUUGCCGUGGCACGAGAAGUUACUAGCUUGCGAUGUCCGCUUUCGUUGCAAGAGUUUGUUGAGCCCUACAGCAACAGAAAAUGCAAACACACGUUUGAGAAGUCAGCCAUCCUAGACUACCUUCCAACGAGCAACGCUGGGGUGCAAUGUCCGCAAACAGGAUGCUCUCAGCUAUUCAAACACGCCGACUUUGCCCGCGACUUUUACCUCGAUCACGCCCUCUUACGACGACUGCAGCGCAAAAAUGUGCAGAGCCGAGUCGACGGCAUGGAUAUGGACGUGGAGGAGGAUACGAAGAUGUCUAUCGAUCUACAAGUGAGCAGUCAGAAAUCUAUCAAGCGACGGAGGCGGGACUCGUGA